AGGAUUACUCGCGUAACCAAACGCACCUCAAUUGUCCACUCUCUUCCUUUCGUUUUGCUGACGAGCGUCUCUCUUUUUGUACCUUACGCCAUCACUCGCCUCGCGGCCUCCCGCUCUGUCCUCUGAAACCCUAGAAAAAAUGUCGGGCGGGUUCUUCCGGGGUACUUCGGCGGAUCAGGACACUCGUUUCUCGAACAAGCAGGCGAAGCUGCUGAAGACGCAGAAGUUUGCUCCGGAGCUGGAACACCUGGUGGACAUGACGAAAGUCAAGAUGGACGUUAUGAGGCCGUGGAUCGCCAAUAGGGUAACUGAACUUAUUGGGUUAGAGGAUGAAGUUCUUAUCAACUUCAUUUACGGCCUUUUGGAUGGAAAGGACGUGAAUGGCAAGGAGGUACAAAUAUCGCUGACGGGAUUUAUGGAAAAAAAUACGGGGAAGUUUAUGAAGGAGCUUUGGACUCUUCUUCUGAGUGCACAGAAGAAUUCUAGUGGCGUUCCUCAGCAAUUUCUCGAUGCUAAAGAGGAAGAAACCAGGAAGAAGAAGGAAGAAUCUGAUCGUAUUGCUGAUGAAAUUCGGAGGACAAGGGAUAAGGAAAGUAGAGAACUGGAGCAGGAAAAAUUGAAGAAGAUGGACGGUGGGGUUGAGGCUAAGAAUGGAACUGCUGACUUGGAGCUGAGCUCAGAUCGAAAGGCAGCAAAUACCCGUUCCAAUGACAGGGAAGAUAUGGGCAAGAGGAAUGGAACGAGAGGAGGGGGCUGGGUUUCUAGAUCUCCCCGUCGCAGUGAUCGUUCUCCUUCUUCCCCGAGAGGCUCUCGUUCUAGGUCAAUUAGCAAGUCAUUUUCAAAUUCAAGAAGUCAUUCAGGUGAAAGAAGACAGAGAUCAAGGAGUAUAUCUCAAUCACCUCGAACACGAGGACGGUCAGUUUCCUCAGAAAAGGUCCGUCGCUCUCCUCGGAGACGAUCUUUGACACCUCGUAGGAGGUAUUCACAUCGUGAAUCCCGCUCUCCUCCCAGGCGGAGAUCAUCUUAUUACCGGAGAAGAUCUAGAUCUCGUUCAUACCGCAGAUCAGUCUCUCCUAUACGCCGGAGGAUGCGUUCUCCUAUUAGACGUCGGUCGCGUUCUCCUGGGCGUCGGAGAUCAGUGACUCCUGUACGACGUAGAAGAUCUCCCUCUCCUGUACGACGUAGAAGAUCUCCGUCUCCUGUACGACGUAGGUCUCCUUCCCCUCAGCGACGGAGAUCACCAUCUCCAGUAAGACGGAGAUCUCCUUUGCAACGUAGGUCACCCUCUCCUGCGGGACGUGAAUCACCUUCUCCAAGAUCACCAUCCCUUGUGGGACACAGAUCAUCCUCUCCAAUAGGGCGGAAAUCAGCCUCACCUGUGAGGCGUCGAUCACCUUUAGCUGGGCGUCGCAGAUCACCAUCUCCUAUACGGGGCAGAUUGCCAUCACCUGUGCGGCGUAGACUGCGUUCUCCUGUACAUCGUAGAUUACCUUCACCUGUGCAAGAUAGGUCAUUAUCUCCUGUACGACGAAGAUCUCCAUCCCCUGUGAAAAGGCGGCAGCAUAGAUCUCGAUCAGCUCCAAGGGAGCAUUCUCCACCUCAAGCAUGGGGGAGGUCACCUCUUACCAGUCAUAGGAGAUCCGCAUCUCCAUCACAAAGGUCUUCCAAUGAGUCGAGUUCGCCUUCUCCCAUUCGUCGACGCUCUCCUUCCCCUGGUAGGAGAUCUCCAGUUAUUCGAAGAUCCCCUGGUCAAUCUUCCAAGGAUAGAAUGAGGCUGCACGAGAGUCCUGUGAGGCGAUCAACGAACAAUCGUGAAGAUAAGAGGUCUUCUAGCCCAGAUCAGAGUCCUGCUAGAGCAGUGAGAAAUCAGGUGACGCGCGAUAGGAGAUUAGAUUCUCCAAGGAAAUUGGGAAAACAUAGACAGCAUUCUGAUAGCUCAGACUCCAGUGAGCAGCGAAAGGAAAAUCAUAAUGCUCGGGAGUCUCGCGAUCUCACUUCCAAAUCUGAAGAAAAAAUAUCUAUGAACAUAUCUUCUGCCAAAAAACAUGACGACUCAACUUUAAAGUUGCAUAAGAGGGACCUAUCUUAUCCUGAAAGAGUGUCUAAUGAUCGGGCUUCUGGGUCUCAGGACCAGGAGAGACUAAGGGAAAGAUCUUCUCGGAAAUCUGAAAUUCCUGAGCAAAUGCCACCUCACUUGGACAACGCCUCUUUGCAGAGUGAGAAGGACAUAUCCUCUCCUCCAGAUGGUAAAAAAUCUGAGAACAAGAACCAUGCUCGCUCUGAUAAUGUCAAGGAUAAACACAAGCCUGAACAUGUGUCGAAACCACUUGGAAAGGUCAAUGAUCGACAGGGUGGUGCUUCUGAUACUGCUUCUGAGGAAAGCGAGAAGCGGACAUACAAAUCCAAGGAGAGAAAGAGACAUAGAAGAUCGAAGAGACAUGAAGUGGAUACAGAUAGUGACAGUUAUGAUUCUGAGGUAGAGGAAAGGAAAGAAGCUAAAAGGAGGAGGAAAGAGGAGAAAAAAUUGCGGAAGGAGGAGAGACGUCGUCAUAGAGAGGAGCGGCGGCGCAGAAAGGAAGAACGGCGUGCAGAGAAGCUGAAAGCAAAGAGACGAGGCAUUAAUAGUUCGCCCUCAGAGAAUGAGAAACGUUUUAGUGAUGUUGAUUCUUCUGAUGGUGAAGAAGUUGCUAGAAAGGAGUCGCGUGCUCAUGGUGCAGAGCCAGAAAAAGAGCAGAAAAAACUUGAGAUCGAGUUACGGUUGAAGGCACUCGAGUCAUUCAAAGCAAAGAAGAGUGGCCAUCACUAGUCUAGUUGCUGGCUUUUGAAACUUUUAAUUGUCAGAAUUCUGUUUGAUCCUAUUACGCAGGAUGUGAUAUUUUGACUCUAUGAUUGACUCUUGUUUCUGACAUUCCUGAGUUUAAAUAUUUGAUAUGUUCAUGAUUA